CGAACUACCAAUGAGAUAGUCGAUUGCACAUCGCUGAGAGAUAUCUUUCAACAGAGCCACUUCCCGCGAUGUCAUAGUCAUCGAUGACCUUUCUAGUUCGCAAUACAGUGAUAGAUACACGAGUCUAGGAGUCAGUGCUCAAAAGUAAUCCAGUUCAAAGCCUAAUUCACAUUGGGAAGGAUUUAACAGUGCAUUCGAAUAUAAACGGAUUAUCAAUUCUAAUUGUUUCAAUUAGUUUCUCUGUACAAGAAAAAAAAAUUUGAUUUUUUUUUUCCUUAAGGAAAAGUAGAUUUUCAAAUUGCAUGUACUUCAUUGAAGAGUGUGCAUCUUUAAAUUUAAAAUUUCAUUAUUAAGAUAUUACUCUUGGCAUGAUAACCAACAUUUUGAGCAAUGUAAAAUAAAUAAAAUGUAUUAAAGUCUAGAUCUUAUUGUCGACACAGAAGUCAUUUGGAGACUAUUUUUAAUUACAAAAAAAAUAUUUGAAAAUGGCCAAAAAGAAAGAAAAAGCAGCUGAUAAAGUCAAAUUUCGAAAACCGGAUUCGAAAAAUGAUUUGAAAAAUAAUGACAAAAAUGCGAAUGCUAUUGAUAGGAGCGACGAUGAAGAGUCUAUUUUACAGUCUCAAAUAAAGAAAACCAUAUCACAGACAUUUCAUGUUCCAGAUGGCGGUUAUGGUUGGGUGAUAGUACUGAGUGGACUUAUCAUAAGUUUUAUUGUUGAUGGAGUCACUUAUACAUUUGGUGUCUUUCUGGGCAAGUUUGAGGAGGCCUUUCAGCAGCCUAAAAGUGUGAUAGCAUUAGCAAGCUCAUUACAAGUUGGAGUAUAUCUUAUGGUUGGUCCUAUAGUGAGUGUGCUAACAAAUAGGUUUGGCUGUCGUCCAGUCAUCAUUGUCGGGUCACUGAUAGCUAGCGCUGCAUUCAUUGGUAGUGCCUUCAGUAACAAUGUCACCACACUUAUAGUUGUAUAUGGUUUUAUUGGAGGUUUUGGUUUUGGUAUGAUGUACCUUCCAUCUGUUGUGGCAGUCAGUAUUUAUUUUGAAAGUAAAAGAGCUUUGGCUACUGGAAUCUGUGUGUGUGGCUCUGGAAUAGGCACAUUUGUCUUGGCCCCUGUCUCUGAGCUUCUCUUGAAUGAAUACAACUGGAGCUGGGCGCUGCUCAUUCUCGGAGCCAUCAUCCUAAAUGGUGUUGUGUUUGGAGGGUUAGUGCGCCCCCUGGAACUUAUUCCCAGCACUAAGAUAAUAACUCAAGAGAAUGGAGAUGCCUCUAAAGGAAAAAAGAAGAAAUCUGUGGAGGACUCUAAAGAACUUGUGCCCUUGAUCACUGUGACAGAUGACAAAGAGGAGACCACUGUCAUGUUCAAAAAUGCUGCAAAGGACACUUCUAAAAUCAAUCCAGCAGAACCUGUGGAUACUGAUACCCCACUGAAUGUAAAGAAUGAUGAUGGCAAAAACAAUCGAAAAAACUCAGCACCUAGUGUUACUAUAGAGAUGGAUGAAAUCAUGCCCAGAAUGAGAUCCAAUACAUUUGACGUCUCCCAGCCACAGCAGUCAUCGGAUUCUGCUGAGCCAAUUAGCAAGUCUCAAACUGGCCUGAACAAAUCUCUCACAUCUGGGCUGAACAAGUCGCACAACUCUGGCAUCAACAAAUCUCACAUGAGCAUUCAUUCCAACAAGAGCCAGUCUCAUGCUCCCUUAGGUUUGGCUUUUGUCAGUAUGUCUGAUGUUCAGUUAAACAAAAUCCGUGAUGAAGUUCAUUUACCAAUAGCUAGAAAGGACAUUCACCUGGCUGGUUCACUAGCAGAACCUGAAUGGGAUUACUCCAAAUCACCAGAAGGACAACAGCCACUGGACCUUGUUGUACAGAGUAUUGAGUCUUUGUCCAGUGUAGGUUCCAGAAAAGGUAUAUGGGCCUGUUUGCCAGACUCUGCAAGGGAGACAAUUGAAGAAAUGCUUAGUCUCAGUAUUCUAAAGGACAAGCGCUACUGGUUUGUACUGGCUGGCAAUUUUAGUUGUAUGAUUGGAUUCUAUGUGCCUUUUGUGUAUGUCCCAGAGAGAGCUACUUUACUAGGGAUUGAGAAGGAACAGGCAGCAUUUCUUUUAUCAAUCAUUGGUAUAACCAAUCUAGUUGGUCGAGUACUUACUGGGAUAGUCAUAACCUUCUCAAGGAUAGAUCCCAUCUUGGUGACCAUUGUGGCUUUAAUAAUCUGUGGUAUUAUGACCAUUGUGUGCCCUUUCUGUUACAGCUUUGGAGCUUUGGCUGCAGUCUCUGCCAUAUUUGGUCUUGGAGUUGCUGCCUACAUCUCAAUGUGCUCUAUUCUUUUGUGUGAAUUGCUGGGAGUCAACAAACUGACUAAUGCCUUUGGUUUUGUCAUUCUCUUUAGAGGUAUCGCCUGUAUCAUUGGUCCACCUAUGGCAGGUGCUAUCAUUGACAGUACAGGAGUGUUUGAUGAGGCUUUCUUUGUGGGCGGUGCCUUCAUAGUAUUAGGAGGUCUGUGGCACCUAAUGCUGUAUGCCCCCUGUUACAGAAAGAAAUCUGAAGAUUAAUAGUGACAUUUUUAGUCAAUUGUGAUUCAGUUCAUCUGUGAUGCAAGAAAUGACAGAUACACAUAGACAAACAUUUUAAUGACAUUGGAGUUGAUAGAAAUAUAAUCAACAUAAAUCUAUGUUUGACUUGGAACUACAAAGGAUCCUGAUUUGUUUUAGUUCCUUGGCAUUGUUUACUUGGGUUUAUAGAGGUAUUAGAUAUCAGUGCCAGCCAGCGAUGUGAUGUGGAAGGGCCUGAGAACCAUUGAGUGAUUCAAUAGGAAACUGCAGGUUAAUUUUGAUGAGUGAUUCAAAUUCAAUAAGAAAUAGUGUAUGAACAGUUUAAAUAUGGUGAGUGAUUCAAUAAGAAAUAGUCUUAGUACAGAUAAAGUGUGAUGAGUGAUUCAAUAAGCAAUACAGUUAAAAUGGGAUAAGUGAUUCAAUAAAAAAAAAUACUCUUUAAGUUACAGUUUAAAUUGACUUAUGUAUUAGUUCUGAAAAGUCUGGUGUGUGCUAACACACGGGGGAUGGGAAUGUGGGAGUUAAAAAAAAACUACUGCCAGAAAUAAAAUUAUAGAUUUUAUGCCAGAAAAAAAGUGCUAAAUUCUACUGCCAGAAAUAAAAUGCUAAAUUCUACUGCCAUGGAAUUGAAUCAUCAGACUUCAUGUUUGCUUUAUGUUUGUUUUUGACUACAUUCUUGGGUAUUCUUUGAUUGCUUAAAAAAAGACUUUUUGAACUCAUUCUUAGUGUACUUGAAGUGUUGAUUUUUUUUUUAUUUUAAAUUAUCUGUAACUACUAUAAAUAUCCUUUUAAAAAAAUGUGUAAUUUGUUUUCUUUCUUCAUCAGCUUUUUUUUUUUUUCGUUAGAAGUAAAGCUAUUUUUAUAUCAGCUGUGUAUGAAAUGUUGGCUAAAAUGUGAAAUCAGGACUUUUGAAUGAUGCACUGUAUAAGCAAAUUUUCUAGUAAACAAUUUAUUUUGACUUGUGUAAAAUAUGUUGAGAACAUUUCUAGAAGCUUAAAAAAUUGAAAAAUCAUAAUAAAUGACAAAUCUUAUUGAUUUUAUAAUGGAAAGAAAUAGUGUCCAGGGAAGCAACAUUCUAGCCAUAGACUGAAAAACUUUUUAACUGGUGUACACUACCUGAAUUCAAAAUUAUUUUUCUCUAACCUACCUUACUUCAGUGAGCAGAAAGUCUUGAGCUACUUUUGUAUGAUUAUCAAAUGGUGAAGUUAAUAAAAAAAAAUGUGUAACAUUGAUGGGGAUCGAUUCCAUUGUCCAAGGAAACUUAGUGCUGAGUCAAUCUGACACUUAUAUGCUAACGUACAUACAGAUAUCUUACAUUAUAUCCUACAUUAUAACUAUUUGAAUUAGCUAGUAAGUGAAUAAUGACCUUUAUAGGUCCGAGUUUAGCAGCUGUAAUGGUCUAUUAAGAAAGGACAAAAUUGGAAAUCCUUUUCUGGUAUGAGAAACAAAGAACAAAAGCAAGUUUCAAAAGCUUUAUAUCAACCCAAUCAAAAAUGUAAAUUUGACUUGGAUUCUGUUAACUUCAUGGAUGAGUGUGAUGUCACUGUUGUAAAUAUUAAACUUCAUUUCCUCAGUUGAUGUCAUUUGUAUAUUGUUGUAGCUUGUGCUUGAAAAUAUAAAUAUUUAUGUCUUAAAGAGUGGCGGUGUAUCAGAAGCAACUUAAAGAAAAGGUGAGAUUAUACUGUAAUAGAAAGAUAACAAUAAUGCAGUGAAUAUGUUUUUUUUUGUCUUUCAGAUGUUUUAAGUGCCUUUGAUGAAUUAUUUCAUUCAUGUCUAUAUCUGAAUGAGACAUGUUGUUUUAUUAUAUGUUUAAAUGUUAUUAAUUAGAUUUAUCAAACAUUUUGAAAAUGUGCAGUAUUGAUUACUGUAAUUCAGGUCAAAUAUCUUAGAAUGUUUCACUGGCUCAGAUCAACUUACACUUACAUUAGUUAAUUGUUAAAGUUUUUUGUCAUGUAUGUACUAAGCUACCCCAAGUCAAUUAUUUUGUCUUGGUUAAUGCCUGGUCACAAUUUAUAAUCACUGUCUUACAUUCCACAUUGGAUGUCCACAUAUGACUGCACAGUUACAUUUCUUUUGUUUUUUACAUACCGGUACCAAAUUUUAAUGUAUAUUUUUUGUGAGUAAUAUUUUUGUUUGCAACUGUUAGUGAUGGUGUGUUUGUUUUUGAAUACUUUUGUAUUCAAUUAUGGGUAGUUGUUGCUAUUUUUCUUUUGUUUUUUUUAAAAAUAGAUUAGAAUUAAUAAUGAUGGUUUAAAGUGUGAAAAAAAAAUGUUUAUAAAGAAUAUUAUCACAAUGAAGUAGUUAGAACUAGCUACAGUUUUGGGUUUAGGUAAUAUGCAUUUGACAUCUUUUUUAUGAUCAUUCUUGUAAAAAAUUAAUACGGUUGUUUUAAAUCACAUGUUUAUGGCUCAAGUGGAACCCAAUGUGAUAUGCUGUUGAGAGAUUAUAUGAACUGCUCAUUUAAUCACAUAUGUAUGUGGUGACUCAUAUGCAUGUAUAUUUUAUAUGUAUUCCUAUUGAGACCAGUGUAUGCUGGUGUUAAAUUCAAAUCAUUUCAUUUCCAAGUAUUAUCAACAUAUUUUAUGAUGUUUAUAGUUUCAAUUAAGAUCCAUGUAAGAUAUAUAUUCAUAGGCUAUAAUUAUACAUAUUUUUUGUAAGUUACAGCACUGAUCAAUAUAAACAAUGAAGAGAGCCAAUCCACUAACAUGAACUGCCAAAGAUAGAUAAAAUCCUAAAUAAAGUUUUUCUUUUUAUACAAAGAUUCACUCUAUAUCAAAAUAAAAUUGGUAUUUUAUUUA